AUGGCGCCCUCUGCAGCUCUCGGGGCGAGCAUCCCUGUCGUGAACAUCCCUGCACGCGUUGAGCUCCCAAAGCUCGCUGUGCUGGAGAACAGAUUUACAUUGACAAUGGGCGCAGCAAGGAUCACGGGGCCUGGGGACAACACAUCCGAUGCAGACCCCUUCAUUCUGUACACUGGCAGAGUGUACAACGAACAGCUGGUCGCUGGAGUUGUCCGUGUGAAACAGGACUCUGUGCUUCGCACAAGGGUGUGCAACGCGCUGCCGGCCGCAGCCGAGACCAUCAAUUCCUCCUUCAACUUUGGCGUCUCCGCAUUCCCACUCGAGGGAGGACAGUCAUUCAAGGACCCCAACAUCUUGGGACACCAUUUCCACGGCCACUAUGGACGGCCAGGCACCGAUGGCGCGCCGUGCAGUCCACCACCAGCAGACGGCACUACCUGCUUCAGAGGCGACAACAUCUUCGCAGAUAUCAACCCGGGUGAAUGCGUCGAGUACGAGUAUGACAUUCCAGCCGUGCAUUCGCCCGGCACCUUCUGGAUGCACCCGCACCACCACGGCUCCGGCUCGCUGCAGACGCAGUCGGCCAGCGUGCCUCUGGUGGUCGACCAAAAUCCGGCCACCGGCUUUGACUUUCUGGCGACGCCCUCCUGCGAGCGCUUCCGGCCGCUCUUCGCACCGGAGAACGAGGUCAUCAUGCACAUGCAGACAUUCAUGAUGAACAUCAAUGGCAACGACACAGGCCUGCCGGACCCUUCACCGGGCCCCACUGACGACGGAUACAUAGCGGUGGCCGUCAAGUCGGUGCCGCAGGACCCCUUCUGCUGUAGCGGUCCUGACAAGCAAGAGGAUGGCGGCGAGAACAGCACCGGCGACGACUGGGAGCCCACGGUAACUAAGGAGGCGUUCUACACCAGCGGUCAGAAUGCGCAAUUCACUGUCAUUAAUGGCGUCUUCUCGCCCAUUAUCAAUAUGAAGGCGGGGCAGGCGUACAGGUGGCGCAUGGUGAACGGUGCCACAAUGAAAUGGAUGGAUUUGUCGUUCAAUCAGAGCGGCUGCCACUUGGGGAUUUACGCGCGCGACGGCAACUUCCUCCGUGACUUCCCCCGCAUCACUGAUCACAUCGUCAUGUCAGCUGCCAACAGGGUGGAUGUGAUGGUGGUGUGUGAGGCCGGCGAGUACAGCCUGAGGACUGGUGCUGGGCCGCUCGGCAACGACCUCGGCUGCGGAUCUUCCCACUGCGAGCUGCUCACACAGGACAACCUGGCCACCCUCGUCGUGAGCCCAGAGGGCGGUUACAAGGUGUACCCGGAGGCCCCCUUUGGCGCCCCCAACUGCCAGCCCCGCUUCCCUCCCUACCUCUCCGACCUCAGGAAUGUGGGGCCCACGACCGACGGCGUGACCUCCAUAACUUACUCGGGUCUGGUCAAUUUCACGAACAAGGACCCGACGGGGCCGGCGUCGGGCAACUGCCUGAUCAACUCCCUGGUCUACAACGAGGCGCAGCCCCUGCAGGAGGUGCUGGGCGAGGUGACCCAGCUGGAGGUGGACAACAUCGACCAGCACCCCUACCACCACCACAUCCAGCCUUACCAGAUUGUCUCACUGCCCAACGACACCGACGCCUUCAACAGCCUCUGGAGAGUGGGGGACUAUGUGGACACCCUGCUGCUGCCCAGCAGUGGCAUGAAGAACGCCACUGUGCGCUGGAUCCCGGGCCCAGUCGAGAUCACAGGGACGGGCUAUGCGCUGCUGCACUGCCACAUUCUGCCGCACUCUGACGAGGGCUGCAUCAUGAAGACGCAGCUGCUGGAGAAUACGUACGUGCCGGUGAGCAAGGGCCUGUCGAAUGGGGCAAAGGCGGGCGUCACACUCGCGGUGCUGGUGGGCUUAGCAUUGUUGGUAGUGCUGCCGAUCGUGCUACUCAAACGGCGCAAGGCGAGGCGGCGCGCGGCGGCCAACCCGGCCGAGGCGCGGGCGAGACUUGUCGACGCCGCAUUUGAUCCCGAGGCCGGCAACUCCAACGGCUACCACUGAAGCACGGCAUGAAAAUGUUGUGGGAGUGAUAGCUCUUGAGGGAUUUUCAGUGUAGCUACUGCCUCAGACAUUGAGCUGCAGCAGCUGUGUGUUGCUAGCAGCUCUGCCCGUCCAGGGCUGGGCCGCGCAGGGCUCCUGCAAGUGGUACCACUGAAGCACUGGUGAGGAAUCCCAGAUUUUGCCCGUCCAGGGCUGCGCUGCUUAAGGGCUCAUCCAGAGGCUCUCACUUUAGCACAUUGUCCUUGCCGGAAAAAGGGUCAGUGGCUUUCGUGAACAGCUGCUGCUGGCAAGCUGGUGUUCACUGCAUCAUUAGCUAGAAUUUUUGUGUGCAUGUGUCGGGUGGCGAGUGCCGGUUGUGUGUACUGCUAUCUUGCACAUCACCUGACGCGCUCGCCGUUGCAUGCGCAUUUGUACUGUCGGGACAAUUUCCUCUCCAUCGAGCUACCAUUGCCGGCCGGCGAAAUGCGCGGCUUG